CACAGGUACCACCAAUGGGGCCCUGGGGCAGAGAGGACUGAGCUCUUCUGUUUGCUCCUGUGGGAAGGGGAAGCUCCCAGGUCCACUUGCAAGGGGGCUUUUCCUGAAGGCUGCCUGCCUUUGCCCUCUGGCUAAAAGUCCCUGACUGGAGCCUGAGGGAAAAGAGAGCUGCUUGUGUGAGAGAAGACUCGAUCCCCAGCUCCUGGAGAACAAGGGACUGUUGCUGACUUUAUCUGGUCACUGUACGUAUAGAUCUCUGUCGUGCUCAGAUCUGGAACCUUUCUGCUCUGUGGCUGCAUCACAACAUGCAUCCUUCAGCUGGAGUAUUUAAGGCUGCGAGGGGGGAGAGCUGCAGCAGAGAAACGCUAGUCCAGCAGAGGCAGCCCCGGAGACACUGACACUGGAAGCCUGAGCUGAGACCAGAAAAGAAAAAUGCUGCCAGCAACUUUCAAACUGUGUGCUGGGAUCUCCUACAGGCAUCUGCGCAACAUGACUGGCUUGAGAAGGCAGGCGGCUGUUGCCAUCAGCCAGGAACUGAAUAAACUCGCCUUUGCUGGCCCUGGCCCCGGUAAAUGGAUCAACCAAGUUCGCAGGAGGAGCUCCUUACUCAGCUCCAGGUUGGAGGAGAAGCCCUUCAGUGAAGUGGAGGUGUCCUACAUUAAACAGGGAGAGGAAGCCCUUCAGAAAUCGCUCAGCAUCCUCGGGGACCAGGCUGGCUGGAAAACCGAGACCAUAGCGGGCAAUGGGGACAAAGUGCUGAGCAAGAUGCUCCCAGACGUUGGGAAGGUAUUCCGGCUAGAGGUGGUUGUGGACCAGCCCUUGAACUCUGUGUAUGAUGAGUUGGUGGAAAGAAUGGAGCAGAUGGGAGAUUGGAAUCCAACCAUCAAGGAAAUCAAGAUUCUCCAGAAGAUUGGGAAAGACACUGUGAUCACCCACGAGACUGCUGCAGCCACGCCUGGCAAUGUGGUGGGACCACGGGACUUUGUCAGUGUGCGGUGUUCUAGAAGACGGGGUUCUACGUGUGUCCUGGCAGGGAUGGCCACAAGCUAUGGCGCGAUGCCAGAACAGAAGGGAUUUAUAAGAGCUGAGAAUGGUCCUACCUGUAUGGUUCUCCGUCCACUGGCUGAAAAUCCUUCGCAGACCAAGUUAACUUGGCUACUCAGCAUUGACCUAAAGGGCUGGCUGCCUAAGACGAUAAUCAACCAAGUACUCUCCCAGACCCAGGUAGACUUUGCCAACCACCUCCGCAAGCGUUUGGCUACCACCACCACUCCAAUUGCUGUCAGCUGCUGAAGCAGUCGCUGCUGCACCCUAAAGAACUAUUAACCUUCGGUGGCAUUUGCAGCUUCAGGGACAGCCAGAAGCCUACCUGAUGUUUAGAUUGUGCCUCGGAGGUGAUUAUCCCAUGUAGUGUGUUAUCUGAGACAUGCUUUGGGGCUUUUUUUUGGGUAAAUGAAUGGGUUCAGGUUUUUAAUGCUACAUUGAGUUCAACAAUGGGCACUUAGGCCUCCAACCACCCCCAGCUGGGCUCCCUUCUUAGCUGAACAUGUCAGAUCUGUUGGUGUAGGCAACCACUUCAAAAUCCCCCAGAAAGUAUGUUUGUGACUGACUGCUCUGUGUGAUUACAUGUAGCAGGAUUCAGUGUUGCUGGCUGUGUGCUCUGCAACAGCUUUUGAUAGUUUCACAGCAAAACUACUUCUGGUCAAACAGGGGCCUUGACUUCAAGGCAAAGAGUAGAACACUCAGCGAGAGCUCCAGCUUAACCCUCAGCUUCCACUUUUCUAUUUCCCUCAUUGGUACUUACAGUAGUAUGCUGUACAGGAACACACUCUUUAGCCUUAAGAUCAGAAGUGAGUUACAGGUUUAAUAUAUAGCUCAAGGCAUCUUGCAAAUAUCCAAAAAUCCAGCCCUGGGCAGAUCCUAUUAUUGAAGUGUUAGCACAAAGGGAGAUUUGCCAAUUUAUACCAAGCUAGCUUUCCAUGUCAUUUAAAUGUGCUAAUGUAAGUUACUUUGCUGCUCUUUUCAGUCAGUGAAGGAUGUAACUAAGCAGCCUGGUCUGUUGGGUACAACUGGAUCACAGUAUUUGAGGCAAUACUUAUUCCUCCUCCACCACCCCCACCCUUUCAGAGGGGGCUGUGUAACUUGUCUUGGUUUUUAAUAGGCUGGAUAGUGUAACUGUAUAAAGUGUCUUAUGAGAAAUCAAGUCAGAGUAGAACAGUGCAUCUUUGUAAGCUUACACUUUUACUUAAGAACCCAAUACACCAGCAUUAGUUUUGCACUCAGUGGAAUUCAGCUGUAGGAAGUUAAUUUAUAAAGUCAGUUUGCAGGUAUUUAUUUUUCUUGUAUAGACAUGCAUAAUGGACUAUUUAAUAUUUAUUCUCAGUGACCAUGGAGCUCUAAGCAAGUUUAUUUUGGGGGUGGGGGUUCCUUAUCCACUAGGGAAAUCUUAAACAAUGCUUGUCUGACCUUUGUAGUAUAAAGCAAUGCUUGACUUCCCUAGAACCAACCAAUUCCUGGGCCCUGCUGAGAUGGACUGUUGCUGUGCAGAACACUAAAAUAUUUGCAAUGUAAUUCUGUAGUAGCCUAAUGCACUUAGUUUAAAUAAUCCAAUAUGAUGUAUGAUAUAUAGCUGAAGAAGAUUAAAAGUCUUGACUGGCUCUCUUUA